AUGAUUCCUCCGGGGGAGUGCACAUACGCCGGCAGGAAGAGGAGGAAGCCCGUUCAGAAGCGGAGACCUGCCAUGGGUACUGAGAAGUCAAACCCUUCUAAGCGACAUCGAGAUCGCCUCAAUGCAGAGCUGGACCACCUGGCCAGCCUGCUGCCCUUCCCACCUGACAUCAUCUCCAAGUUGGACAAACUUUCUGUCCUACGCCUCAGCGUCAGUUACCUCAGGGUGAAGAGCUUCUUCCAAGCCUUGCAGGAGAUGCGUGUGCAGCCAGCGGGGGCCCUCUCACCUGGAGACAGCCCACCUGGAGAGUCCCUCGUGCAGGAGGGACGGCUCCUGCUAGAGUCUCUCAAUGGCUUUGCUCUGGUGGUAAGUGCAGAAGGGUUGAUUUUUUAUGCAUCGGCAACCAUCGUGGACUAUCUGGGCUUCCACCAGACAGAUGUAAUGCAUCAAAACAUUUAUGACUAUAUACAUGUGGAUGACCGCCAGGACUUCUGUCGGCAGCUACACUGGGCUAUGGACCCGCCGCGGAUGGUGUGUGGGCAGCCCCCACACACGGAGACAGAUGACACUGUGCUGGGGAGGCUGCUGAGGGCCCAGGAAGGGGGAACAGGCUCGCCCUCGGUGUACUCUGCCUUCCUGACGCGCUGCUUCAUCUGCCGUGUGCGUUGCUUGUUGGACAGCACCUCUGGCUUUCUGACCAUGCAAUUCCAAGGAAAACUAAAAUUCCUGUUUGGACAGAAGAAGAAGGCGCCAUCAGGAACAGCCCUGCCCCCUCAGCUCUCACUGUUCUGCACUGUGGUGCCAAUCAUCCUACCUUCUGUGGCAGAGAUGAAAAUGAAGAGUGUGUUCUUGAGGGCAAAGCACAGGGCAGACAUCGCAGUCACAUCAGACCCAAGGGCAAAAUCUACCAUGAGUCUGUGUGGAUCAGAAUUGCACCGAAAGCCCAAUUACUUAGCAGGGAGGAGCAAUGGAGAAAAUGGCAUCUCAGUGUUCAGAGCACCAACAGAUGGUGGCCACUGGACUCGGGUUCUAGCCAGGGCCCCAUGCCUGUGCUUCAGGGGCAGCCCUGAUCCCAUCCUGGACUCCGAGGGGGCCACAGGGGACAGGGAAGAAGAGGAGCAGGAGAGGAUGCUGAGUGACUCUGCCAGAGUGAGGAGGCAGAGGGAGAUGCACAGGUACAACUGCCACUCAGAGACAUCAGCACCUGAAAGGCAUCUAAACUGGAUGACAGAACAGCGAGGCCAAGAGGGUAGCACCAAACUGAGGCUGCAACCCAGUAAGGGCGAGCCCUUCCCUGUGCGUGCCAUGCCCCAUGGCUCCUGCAUGCCCUACCCAGGGGCCCAGGGCACAUUCAGUGCCAAUGGCCUGGCUACUUUCAGAGAUCUGCCAGACCAUCCCCCCAGUGCCUACUGCAGCCGGAUGGGCAGAACCUUUCGGGACGUCUACCAGGGCCAGGUGCACCCACCCACUUGCCAUGUCUCCCAGGGUAGCCUGGGGACCCGGCUCCCCCCAUCUGGAGUACAGCGCUUCAUGGCUGGAGGCUUCUCCACAGAGGACGCAAAGUUGCCCAGCCUGCCAGUGCCCUCCGAUCCCCCAUGCAAUCCAGCACUGUCGCUGGAAGUACAGAUCAAGAUGGAAAAUGACUCUGGGUCCCAGGACACAGUAGAUGGCCGCCUCCCCGGCAGGGUGUGGUUGGGAGCUAGCGAUGUGGCCAAGGGACAUCUGGUCACAUUCCCUGCCAAAGUGAACCUGAAAACCGAGCCAGACUACACGCAUCAGGUCUGCACCCAACACUCCGGGCAUGGCAUGUUGGGGGCUCAUCCCCACAGCAGGCCCACCACUGGACCCUGCAGUGAGUUGGCCCCAGUCUAUCCUGCACACUGUGCCUGUAUGGAGCCAGUGCCUCCCCACCACCUCUGCACGCAGAGCGGCAGAGAGAACCAGCAACCCCCUCUGGGAUGUGACUGCAGAGCACCUGGGGCUGCCCCUGUGGUCAAGUGUGAGCCCAUAGACUCACUCCCAUGGGCUGCCCCUGGCCAGGGGGCUGUGCCUGGGAUGUUCCCCAAAAGUGCCUCCAUGACGCUGAUCCCGCCCAGAGCCUCUGAGGCAGCUUUCCUGCCUUAG